CAGUCAACUAAGUGAAAGUGAAACCGAUUUGAGAAGUGCGGAAUCUGUUAUUUGAUGAGUGUGUCUGGAAAUCAGGAUGAUCCAUCUGCCCCCAAGAGCAGUCCAGAAGACAUUCUCUCUAAAUUAACUAUACAAGAGAGACCAGACUCACCGAAACCAUCACAUAUGUCUCUGAAGAGUGACAGAUCAAUUCCUGAACCAAUGAACUUCAGCGAUGAACUAAAAGGAGAUGGCACUAAAAGAAACAUACAGAACACAUCAGACUCGCCUACAACAUCACAUGUGUCUCUGAAGAGUGCAAGAUCAAUUCCUGAACCAAUGAACUUCAGCGAUGAACUAAAAGGAGAUGGCACUAAAAGAAACAUACAGAACACAUCAGACUCGCCUACAACAUCACAUGUGUCUCUGAAGAGUGCAAGAUCAAUUCCUGAACCAAUGAACUUCAGCGAUGAACUAAAAGGAGAUGGCACUAAAAGAAACAUACAGAACACAUCAGACUCACCUACAACAUCACAUGUGUCUCUGAAGAGUGCAAGAUCAAUUCCUGAACCAAUGAACUUUUGUGAUGGAGUACAAAAAGUCAUAAAAAGAAAUAAACAGGAGAGAUCAGACUCCUCAACAACAUCGCAUGUGUCUCUGAAGAGUGCAAGAUCAAUUCCUGAACCACUGAACUUCAGCGAUGAAGCACAGAUAAUUACAAAAAGGAAGUUGUCAACACAAGAAUCCUCAGAGCAGGCAGGGUGUAUACCUGCUAAUAGAGUUUGUCAGCAGCACCAUAGAGCUUUGGAGGUGUUCUGCAAGACCGACAACAUAUACAUCUGUAACAUCUGUGUUGUGCAAGAUCACCGUGGCCACAGUAAAAUCUACAGUGUGAAACCUAAUGUGCCAAGCAUUCAAUCCCUGCUCCUUCAAAUUAUGGGGAAAAUGGGGAAAGAAGACUUUAAAACCUUCAAAAGAGAACUGAAUGAGGAAUACCCAGAAUGCUUAGGAAGUCAUACAGAGCAGCUUAGUGCCUCUGAAGUUGUCGAAAUAUUAGCGGAGAGCUUUGAAGGAGAGGCAGCAUUGAGGAUCACAACACACUUCCUGUCUAAUGGUAAUCCACUUCAAAAAAUCACAGAUGCCAAUAAAUCAACACUUAGGCACAAAUGUCAACAUUUAAAUGAAGGAAAUUCAUCUCAAGGUAAACAAAGUUUACUGAAUGAGAUCUACACAGAUCUCUUCUUGACUGAGGGUGGAUGUGGAGAAAUAAACAAUGAACAUGAGGUAUUAAGGAAUGAGGUGAUAUCACAAAGCAGAACCACUCCAGAGACUAAAUACGCAUGUAAUGACAUCUUCAAGACACUUCCAGGACAAAGACAACAUGUCCGAACAGUCCUGACAAUGGGCAUAGUAGGCAUUGGGAAGAAUGUGUCAGUGCGGAAGUUCAUUCUAGACUGGGCAGACGGAAAAGCAAACCAAGAUAUCAAUGUCAUCGUUCAUCUUCCAUUUCGAGACCUCAACCAGAAAAAGGGGAACUGCAGUCUUCUGCAACUCAUUCAGCAAUAUGCUCCUGAAUUGAAGGAAGCAAAUCUUUCAGAAUUGAAAGUGCUUUUUAUUUUGGAUGGUUUAGAAGUCUGUCAGUAUCCUCUUGAUUUCCAGAAGAAUGACAUCUGCUCUGAUAUAAAUGAGCAAACCUCUGUUGAUGUGCUACUUACAAACCUCAUCAAGGGCAAUCUGCUUCCUUCUGCUCUCCUCUGGAUAACUUCACGACCAUCAACAUCCACACGGAUCCCUCCUGAGUGUGUCCAUCGGGUCACAGAGAUUCGUGGAUUCAAUGAUCUUCAGAAGGAAGAAUACUUUAGGAGGAAAAUUAGUGAUCAGAAACUGGCAAGUGAAAUUAUUACUCACAUCAAAUCAUGUCGGAGUCUCUACAUCAUGUGUCACAUGCCAAUCUUCUGUUGGAUUUCAGCCACUGUGCUCGAAAAUAUGUUGAGUGAUGGGAACUCUGAUGAAAUACCCAAAACUCUGACUGAGAUGUUCACUCACUUCCUGCUCAUUCAGAUCAGUCUCAAGCAUAAGAAGUUCAAUGGAGCUGAUGAAAGUAACCCAAAGAAACUGACUGAAUCUGACAAAACAUUGAUUAUUAAACUAGGAGAAAUGGCUUUCCAGCAACUAGAGAAAGGCAAUUGUACAUUUCUUGAAGAAGAACUGGUAAACUGUGGCAUUGAUGUCAAAAAAGUCUCAGAGUACUCUGUGUGCACAGUGAUUUUCAGAGAGGAGCAGGGAUUGUACAGGGAAAAGGUCUACAGUUUUGUGCAUCUGAUCUUUCAGGAGUAUCUUGCAGCAGUAUAUGCACACUUUGCAUGUCUUAAUAAUGGUGAAAAUGUUCUUGACAAAAACCCCAACAAAUUAUAUCUUUCUGAUGUACAUCAGAGUGCAGUGGACAAAGCUUUAAGAAGUGAAAAUGGACACCUAGACCUCUUCGUCCGCUUCCUUUUGGGUCUUUCCGUUGACCCUAACCACACUCUCUUGCAAGACUUUUCUAAAGGUGAUUUAUCUCAACACUGUGUAGAUAAAAGCAAGAUAGUGCAUUAUAUUAAAGACAAGAUCAAACAGGAAUUAACGGCAGAGAGAAUCAUUAAUCUUUUCAGUUGUUUAAAUGAGUUGAAAGACAACUCUCUUGUCAAAGAAAUUCAGACUGCCAUGAAAUCAGGAACACUGUUAGGUAGUGAGCUGGAGCCAGAGCAAUGGUCAGCACUGGCCUAUUUGUUGCUCGCAUCAGGAGAGGAGUUAGAUGAGUUUGACAUGAAGAAGUUCCAUACAUCAACAGCAAACCAGCUGAGGCUGCUGCCAGUACUAAGGAUCUGCAGAAAGGCCAGAUUGGAUUGCUGUAAUCUCUCACAAGAAUCCUGCAGAAGAGUGGCCUCAGCUGUCCAGUUGAACUCACCCUUGAGAGAGUUGGAUCUCAGCAACAGUAAAUUAGACAAGUAUGGAGUGAGCAUACUCUUAUCUGGACUAACAAGUCCACACUGUCAAGUACAGAAGCUGGGACUGAAUAGCUGUAAUUUCUCAUCAGACUCCUGUAAAAGUUUGACUUCAGUUCUCAUGUCAACAAACUCUCCCCUGAGAGAACUGGAUCUAAGCUACAAUGAGCUCACGGAUAAUGGAGUAAAAUCACUCUGUUCUGGACUAAUUAGUCCACACUGUAAAGUUCUGACACUCAAGUUAAAAUGGUGUGGUCUCACAAACUCUUGUUGUGAAGAUCUAGCAUCAGUUUUAAAAUCAUCAAGCUUGAGGGAGUUGGAGCUAAAAAACAAUGACCUGAAAGAUAUAGGAGUGAAAAAACUAUCAACUGGACUUAAAGAUCCACAGUGUAGUAUAGAGAAACUGGGACUUUCGGGGUGUAUGAUCUCAGAGGUGGGCUUCAGUUCGCUGGUUUCAGCUCUGAGCUCAAACACUGGUCAUCUGAGGGAGCUGGAUCUGAGCUACAACCACCCUGGAGACUCAGAAAUGAAAUUGCUCUCUGCUAAAAAAGAAGAUCCAAACUGUAAACUGGAGAAACUUGAUUUUUCCAAUGGAGGAAAAUGUCGAAUGAAACCAGGUCUGCGAAAAUAUGGCUGUCAACUCACAGUGGACGAGGAUUUGUUACAUCGACGCCUCAUUCUGUCUGAUGGUAAACGGAAAGUGUCAGAAUCCAGAGUGGAGCAGCCAUAUCCUGAUAAUCCUGACAGAUAUAAACUCUAUCCCCAGGCUAUGUGCAAAGAGCCUCUGACUGGACGCUGUUACUUUGAGGUGAAGAUUGAAGGUGCAGUUGGAUUGGGAGUGGCCUAUAAGAGCGCCGAUAGAACAGAGAGGAUAAUGGGCAUUAAUAACAAGUUCCCUAGUCUCCAUUGUUUAAAUGGAAAACUUAAAUUGUGGCAAAAUAAUUACAUGGUUUGUGAGUUUCCUAUUUGUGUUCGAUCCAAAAGUGUAGGAGUUUAUCUUGACUGGGAAUCUGGAAGUUUAUCAUAUUACAGCAUUUGUAACAAAACAUCCAUUCAUUUGCACACGCUCCAUACCACAUUCACCGGUCCCUUGUAUGCAGGGUAUUUUUUUCUCCCUGACUCCUCUGUUACUCUGUGUCCACUAUCAUAGAUUGUUUGAGUAUGCAUAUAUCCUAAACAGGCUAGAUGUUAUAUUGAGUCCUGAGUAUAUUCAGACAUUCAGAGUCUAAUACAUGUACAUUUAAAUUACAUUUAUUCAUUUGGCAGAUGCUUUUAUCCAAAGCGACUUACAAAAGAGGAAAAACAUCAGCGAAUCAUCUUAGGGAGACAGUGGUACAAAAAGUGCCAUAUUACAAAGUUUCACUAUCAUCAGAAUAGUAUACAAAACAGAUUUAAGUGCAACAAGAAAUGUAAAUAUAUUUAUUUUAUUUUAUUUUUUUAUUGACCGGUUAAGUGCUUUUGGAAAAGAUGUGUUUUUAGCCGUUUUUUGAAGAUAGAGAGUGAGUUAGCUUCCCGGAUUGAGUUGGGAAGGUAAUUCCACCAUUGUGGUAUGAUGAAACUGAAAGUCCGGGAAAGUGUUUUGGUGCCUCUUUGUUUUGGUACGACAAGGCGACGUUCCUUAGCCGACCGCAGGCUUCUGGUGGGAACGUAGCUCUGCAUAAAUGUUUGUAGGUAUGCUGGAGCAGACCCAGUGACUGUUUUGUAUGCCAGCAUCAGGGCCUUGAAUUUAAUACGUGCAUGAACCGGCAGCCAGUGGAGAGAGACAAAAAGUGGUGUAACGUGCUCUCUUAGGUUCAUUAAAGACCAGACAUGCUGCUGCAUUCUGGAUCAUUUGGAGAGGUCUAAUAGCACAUGCAGGAAAGCCUGCAAUGAGAGCAUUACAGUAGUCCAGUCUAGUUAUGACAAGGGACUGAACAAGCAGUUGUGUGGCAUGUACAGAGAGGAAGGGUCUUCCUGAUAUUGUAGAGUGUAAAUCUACAUGAUCUUGCAGUUUUUGAAAUGUCGUCUGUGAAAUUUAGCUCAUCAUCAAUGGUUGCCCCUAGAUUUCUGACCGUUUUGGAAGGUGAAACUGUGGUUGGACCCAGCUGCACGGUGAUGUUGUGUUCAACAGCAGGGUUGGCUGGAAAGACAAGGAGUUCGGUCUUGGCUGGGUUGAGUUGAAGGUGGUGUUCCUUCAUCCAGGCUGAGAUGUCUGCCAGACAGGCAGUGAUUCGAGCGGUCACUGUGGUGUCGUUGGGCUGGAAAGACAAGUAGAGUUGCGUGUCAUCAGCGUAGCAGUGUAAGAGAAACCAUGUGAGUGUAUGAUGGGUCCCAGUGAUGUUGUGUAUAUGGAGAAGAGAAGUGGCCCAAGCACUGAUCCCUGAGGUACCCCAGUAAGUAACUGGUGUGGCUUGGAUACUUCCCCUCUCCAGGCUACCUCAAAAGACCUUUCUGAGAGAUAAGAGUUGAACCAGUCAAGCACAGUUCCAGUGAUGCCCAGUUUAGAGAGGGUGGAGAGUAGGAUCUGAUGGUUGACUGUGUCAAAGGCAGCAGAAAGGUCCAGCAGAAUCAGAACGGAUGAUCUGGAUUCAGCUUUCGCCUGUCUCAGCGAGUCAGUGACAGACAGCAGGGCAGUCUCAGUAGAGUGUCCACUUUUGAAGCCCGACUGAUUGUCAUCCAGCAGCUUGUUCUGUGAGAGAUAGGCGGAGAUCUGUUUGAAAACUGCCCUUUCAAGUAUUUUUGCCAUGAAUGGGAUGAGAGAAACUGGUCUGUAGUGUUCUAUCUGUGUGGAGUUAAGUGCAGGUUUUUUCAGCUGUGGGGUUACUCGAGCCUGCUUAAAUGUAGUGGGAAAAGUGCCUGCAAGAAGGGAUGUGUUAAUUAUGUGUGUAAGUGCCGGUAGGAUGGACGGAGAGAUGGCCUGGAGAAGGUGUGAUGGAAUGGGGAACAGGUUGUGGGGUGGUUGGAGAGGAGGAAUUUAGAAACCUCAGUGUCAGUUAAAGGAGAGAACAUAGGGAAAGAAUAGUUGCAUACAGGAGCCAGGUGUUUGACAGGGUGUGGUGCAGUGAAUGUAUUGCUGAUGGCUGUAACCUUAUCAGUAAAAAAUGAAUAUAUCUGCUGUCAGUGAUGUGUCAGGUGGUGGAGGGGGAGGGCAGAGGAGUGUGUUAAAUGUUCUAAACAAGCUACGAGUGUCUGUGGUGCUGUUGAUCUUGGUCAACAGCACCACAGACAAGUGGAGGUUCUUUCUGUCUGAAAAUCUCCCCCUCACUUUAAUGAAUUAAUAGCAUUGAUUGUGCCAUUAUAAUAUUUUUAUACUGAAUUGCAGUUUGUCUUUUCUUUCUACAUCUAUUUAACCAUAUUUUUCAGCAUGACAUUCUGGCACAAAAACCAUGUUACAUGUUGAUUCGUAUAGAUGGCUACAGCUCUGAUGUAGCAUUUAAUUUACACUGAACCAAAGCAUAUUGCCUAUUCCUUUUUCUUUAAUCUUUUGCUGUCUCGCACGCACUUGCAUUUCCUUUAGACAAUGCAAACAUAGAUUUUUGUUUCUGCUUUGUUUGUUUUUGUUUUUCAGUUCUUUUCUGUUUUUAAUUACUGACUGAUUAAAACGGAAAACUUUUUUUUGACAUAAAACUCUUCAGAUUACUAGAACACUAAAUAAAAUAAAAGACCAAGAACAUACACUAUUAGUAAUAAGUAGUAUACAGUGUAUUGAGUUAUUUACUCUGAAUCACCUUGCAGGUGAGAUAAUUACCCUGGUAGAUAUAUGAAUUGUGUAUAGCCAAAUGUUAAUGGUCUUUAAGCAUUUGCAUUUGAAGCAUUUGCUUCAAUUUACUUUAUUCACAUAACUAUAUUAUAAUAUUAAGAAUAUUGCCUUUUAUUACUUUUGUAAGUAGAUUUUAUUUGUUCCUUCUUAACCACUAUGCCAAACCAACAUUACUUCAUUGACUUAUUUUCUGUCAAACAUAAUAGUUUUUUUUUUUUAUUUGAAUUUGGGCCUUAUUUUUUGGUCAUUAUAAAAAAGGAAGAAAAAAAGAGAUUAAAAAAAAAUCUAUGUAAAUAUUUUCUGGUCUUAUAGCAUCUAUGUUCAAAGACAUUGGUCAUUAAUCUUACAGUUCAUAGAAAAUCUUUGUUUAAACACUGGCCCUUAACACUUAGUUUAAUAAUUUUAAGCCAUGACUUGUACUAUACAUAAGUAUUAUACAUAUAUAUUCAUGUUGUUUAGCCAAAGGGGAACUAAAUAUAAUUAUUAUUUAAUUACUUAUUUUAAACACAAUUCACAAUCGUAUUUUAUCAAACUAUACAAUUACGAUUCUUUAGACUUAUAUAUAUAUUGCCUUUUCAUUUUCUGUUAAAGCAUGAUUUUCUGUAGAGCUGCUUUGAAAUUAUGUGUGCUGUGAAAAGCGCUAUACAAAUAAAAAUGACUUGACUCAUUCUUGA